GCUGCUGGUGGUCGUUUGCAGAUGUAUUACUGUCCUUGAACGUUAGCCUAUUUGAAAACACCAACAAAGCUCAGACAUCAGUAUGUCCAAGUACAAACUUAUUAUGUUAAGACAUGGAGAGGGUGCUUGGAAUAAGGAGAAUCGUUUCUGUAGCUGGGUGGAUCAGAAACUUAACAGUGACGGAAUGGAGGAAGCUCGGAACUGUGGGAAGCAACUCAAAGCACUAAACUUUGAGUUUGAUCGUGUAUUCACAUCUGUCCUUAAUCAGUCCAUCCACACGGCCUGGCUGAUCCUGGAAGAGCUGGGGCAGGAAUGGGUUCCUGUGGAAAGCUCCUGGCAUUUAAAUGAAUGCCACUACGGAGCCUUGAUUGGUCUUAACAGGGAGCAAAUGGCUUUAAAUCAUGGUGAAGAACAAGUGAGGCUCUGGAGAAGACACUACAAUGUGACCCCGCCUCCCAUAGAGGAGUCUCAUCCUUACCACCAUGAAAUCUACAGUGACCAGAGGUAUAAAGUGUGUGAUGUAUCCCUGGAUCAGCUGCCACAAUCUGAAAGCUUAAAGGAUGUUCUGGAAAGACUCCUUCCCUAUUGGAAUCAAAGGAUUGCUCCUGAAGUUUUAAGUGGUAAAACCAUUCUGAUAUCUGCUCAUGGAAAUAGCAGUAGAGCACUUCUGAAACAUCUGGAAGGAAUGUCAGAUGAAGACAUUAUCAACAUUACUCUUCCUACUGGAGUCCCCAUCCUUCUGGAACUGGAUGAAAACCUGCAUGCUGUUGGGCCUCACCAGUUCCUGGGGGACCAAGAGGCCAUCCAAGCAGCCAUUAAGAAAGUAGAGGAUCAGAGGAACUUUACCUAA